UUACAUGAUGGAAUUCACGUUUUCUGAAGAAAAGCUGCGUGUUGUGGAUCAAUACCGUUGAAGAUACCUUCUGAUUGCAACACCUGAAGCAGGGUCCUGUAACAAAUUUGUCAAAAAACACAUACAAUGGAUCUCAAAGAAAGCUGCCCGAGUGUUAGCAUUCCCAGCUCUGAUGAACACAGAGAGAAGAAAAAAAGAUUUACUGUUUACAAAGUCUUGGUCUCAGUUGGCAGGAAUGAAUGGUUUGUCUUCAGACGGUAUGCAGAGUUUGAUAAACUGUACAAUACGCUAAAGAAGCAAUUUCCCACCAUGAGCCUGAAGAUUCCAGCUAAAAGAAUAUUCGGAGAUAAUUUUGAUCCUGAUUUCAUUAAACAGAGAAGAGCAGGACUGAAUGAAUUCAUUCAGAAUUUAGUUAGACAGCCAGAGCUAUGCAACCACCCAGAUGUCAGAGCAUUUCUUCAGAUGGAUAACCCAAAACACCAGUCAGAUCCCUCUGAAGAUGAAGAUGAAAGGAGCAGUCGGAAGUUAAACUCUACCUCACAGAAUAUCAACUUGGGACCAUCUGGAAAUCCUCAUGCUAAACCAACAGACUUUGAUUUCCUGAAAGUUAUUGGGAAAGGAAGCUUUGGCAAGGUUCUUCUUGCAAAACGAAAACUGGAUGGGAAAUACUAUGCUGUCAAAGUGCUGCAGAAAAAAAUUGUUCUUAAUAGGAAAGAGCAAAAACAUAUUAUGGCGGAACGUAAUGUGCUUUUGAAAAAUGUGAAACAUCCAUUUUUGGUUGGAUUACAUUACUCAUUCCAAACAACGGAAAAGCUUUACUUUGUCCUGGAUUUUGUUAAUGGAGGAGAGCUGUUCUUUCACUUACAAAGAGAACGUUCCUUUCCUGAGCACAGAGCCAGAUUUUAUGCUGCUGAAAUAGCCAGUGCACUGGGCUACUUACACUCCAUAAAUAUAGUGUACAGGGAUUUAAAACCAGAAAACAUUCUCCUAGAUUCACUAGGUCAUGUUGUGUUGACAGACUUUGGACUGUGUAAAGAAGGGAUUGCAACUUCGGAUACCACUGCAACUUUUUGUGGCACACCAGAAUAUCUUGCACCAGAAGUCAUUAAAAAGCAGCCGUAUGACAACACAGUAGACUGGUGGUGCCUUGGUGCAGUUCUUUAUGAAAUGCUUUAUGGGCUGCCUCCUUUUUACUGCCGUGAUGUUGCCGAGAUGUAUGAGAACAUUCUUCAUAAACCCCUCGUUCUGCGGCCAGGAAUCAGUCUUACAGCUUGGUCUAUCCUGGAAGAACUCUUGGAGAAAGAUCGGCAAAGCAGACUUGGAGCAAGGGAAGAUUUUCUUGAAAUUCAAAAACACCCAUUCUUUGAAUCUCUCAGCUGGACUGAUCUUCUUCAGAAGAAGAUUCCACCACCAUUUAAUCCUAAUGUGGUUGGACCAGAUGAUAUUGGGAAUUUUGAUGCAGUGUUUACAGAAGAAAUGGUCCCAUACUCAGUUUGCGUUUCUUCCGAUUACAGCAUUGUUAAUGCCAGUGUCCUAGAGGCCGAUGAUGCAUUUGUUGGAUUUUCUUAUGCACCACCUUCUGAAGACAUGUUUUCCUAGGAGGUUAGAAGCCAACAGUGUUUUGGAAGUCUUGGGGUAAACUGAAAUGUUAGGGUUAUGGACACAUUCCAAAAUAGUGUGAACAGUGCCUCGUUUUGUAUGUGGGUUUGAAACCUAUGAACAGCCUUUCUCUGCUGUAUGGGAGGAAUUUGGGCAUUUUGGAUGGCUUUCUUUAGGGGUUGAACUGUUUGUUCCUGCUGCAGAAAGUAUUUUUAACAAAGUUUAAAAAGUAUUCUCUACAUAUUUUUUAAGCAAAAACACUGACUGUUCUCAAUCCCUUCAAGUUUACAUUGAUACCUAUGUUUAGAUUUGGCUGGCACAAACAGCAGCAAAUUUAGUAAAUCUGUAAAUGCUUUUGUACCUAUUUACAGUGACUUUGUGCUUGAAUUGUAACUAUGCAAAUCGUCUUUUGUAUAUCCUGGUUUAAAAAAAGGUAAAUGUUUUCCUACUUGUAUCAGUUUGAAAUAUGUUAAUUUACCUGUCAGCACUUAAAUGAGAGUUUAAUAUAAGUGAAGACUGUUAUUCUUAAAGGAAUUCUACAGAACGAAAAGUUGGUCAGUGUAAAACUGGGUU